AGCAGUAGUGGUGGUGCCCUAUGCCCGUGCCAGUCUCUCUACGCCCCUCGAAGCGGCUCCGGACUCCCCGGACUGCACUUCGACGGCGACUGCGGCAGGCAGUGGGCCGGCGAGCAGUGGAGUCCGAGCCCCAUUCUCCUGGACAGUGGCCAUGUUGACGUCCACCACGAACACGGCCGUGGUGGCGGCCGCGGCGGUGGCGGUCGGCAUGGUGGCCAUGGUCGGCGUCGUCGGCGCCAAGAGGCGGAGGAAGAGGCCCAUCAAGCUCACGAAGGACAACAUUCAGUCCUUCAUGAACCAGAUAGAUGCAGUAGUGUCCGACUGUGACGGCGUCAUCUGGUCUAUUGGGAAGACUGCGGUUCCCAAUUCGAGGGAAGCCAUGGAUUGCCUUAAAGCCGCCGGAAAGAAAGUUCUUUAUGCCACCAACAACUCUGUAUUAGGACCGUUGGAAAAGUUCAGAAGAUUUGGUUACGACGUCAAACCAAAUGAAGUAGUCCACCCGUCCAUGGCACUCACGAGCUACUUGAAGAAAAUCAACUUCCAGAAAAAGGUGUUUGUCCUGGCCGUGGAGCGCUUCAAGGAUGAAAUGCGUCGGGGUGGCAUCCGCGUACUACCGGACACUAAAACCGGUACGCUUGUAGAGGAAACCUUGGAAAGUAUUUUAGAAAACAUUGACCCCGACCCUGAUGUUGGUGCCGUCGUGGUGGACUUGGAUAUUAAUUUGAGCUACACGGAUCUCAACAAGGCUGCCAACUACCUGCUCAAACCAGACUGCCGUCUUUACGCAGGGGCAACCGACACAGCGGUCACAUUCGAUGGGGGCAGGGUGGUUGUUGGCCCUGGUCCCUUUUUGCAAAUUCUAGAAGAUAUUACCGGUAAGAAAGCCGAAAUGUUUGGCAAGCCCGGACCCUUGAUGGUGACACACUUCCUCAAGGAUGAACACAACCUUAACUUGCAUCGGACGGUGUUUGUGGGCGACACCCUGGUGCAGGACAUGGGCGUCGCAAACACGUGUGGGAUGGUGAAGCUGCUGGUCCUCACCGGCAUGACGAAGCUGCGUGACUUGAACACGUGCCCGCCGGAGUUGAUUCCGGACUACAUCAUCGACUCGGUCGGCGAUUUUGUCGAACUACUCAAGAAGGAUUAGCGGUGUGCCGGCGUGCCCCCAGGAGACCGGCAAACAGACAACUGCCCGAUACCAAAUAUCUUUUCCCUACUCCACUCACAGAACAGAAAUGUCCAGCUACGCCUGAUAUUGGAGCCUUAUUAUUUCAUUUCCUAUGUGUAUUUGAUCAAAGUACAAAGAAAAUGACAUUAAAAAAAAUAUUGCACCGUGA